AUGCCAGAACCGGUGUCUUUCCCACCUCCACCAGUGCCCACCAUUGUCAAUGGCCAUGUCGAGUCGCACUUCUCCCGCUCCGCCAGCCCUCAAUGGUCGCCGCCGCAGUUUGUCGCCUCUCCGUACAUUCCUAUCCAUGGAAUGGCCCCCGGUUUGAACUACGGGCAACAAGCAUAUGAAGGGAUGAAGGCUUUUCGCCAUGCGUCGACUGAGUCGCACCCGAAUGGUCGUAUCACCAUCUUCCGCCCACAAAGAAAUGCCGAGCGCAUGAAGCACUCUGCCCAGUUCAUAUCCAUCCCGCCGGUGCCGGAAGCCCAUUUCCUCGAAUGUGUCAAGCUAGCCGUGUCCGCAAACGCCGGCUACGUCCCCCCUCAUUCCACCGGCGCUGCAAUGUACAUCCGGCCCCUUGUCUUCGGCUCGUCAGCCCAACUCGGCCUGAACCCGCCGGAUGAAUACACUUUUGUUGUUUUUGUGAUGCCCACCGGCGUUUACCACGGUGUGCACGCAGUGGACGCUCUGAUUCUCGAGGACUUUGACCGCUCAGCUCCUGAGGGUACCGGCUCCGCCAAGGUCGGCGGAAACUACGCCCCUGUGCUCCGGCACAGCGAGAAAGCCCGUACCCAUGGGUAUGGCAUCACACUCCAUCUUGACAGCAAGACCCGUUCCGAGAUCGACGAAUUCUCCACUUCCGCCUUCAUCGGCGUCCGCAAGGAUGCGUCUGGUCAUAUCACGCUCGUCGUACCAGAUAGCAAGAAUGUUAUCGACUCCGUCACUGCCGCAUCUGUCGUGACCAUCGGGAGCAACAUGUUCGGCUACAAGGUUGAAAAGCGCCGUAUACCCUACGACGAGUUGAAAAGCUUCUCCGAAGUCAUGGCGGCUGGCACGGCUGCAGCGCUGGUGCCGAUCAAAAGCAUUACGAUGGCAUCGCGGAAUGACAAGUUUACCUAUGAAGCCGGCGAAGCCGAUGCUGGUGGUGAAGUAUACAAGAAACUCAUCCAGGCUUUGAAAGGUAUACAGCGAGGCGAGAUUGCCGAUAAAUUGGGCUGGUUGGUCGAUAUUGAACCUACUCCUGCAGGCUGGAUGGACGCUGCCGGAGAUAAAAAUGUUGGCACCGACAGUGCCAAUUUGCCAUGA